AUGUCUUUCAAUCACUUGAGCUCUCUCGAGUCCCAGCCUACCACCUACCGUCGUUCGGAUGAUCCCCAGUACCAUGAUGAUCCCGAAUUCCAGCGGUUGACCGAGUCCCUAUCGAACCAGCUAUUCACACUCACUUCAAACAUCACCCGCUUGUCGGAUCAGAUUGCCCUCCUUGGGACAAAGCGCGACACUGAACGGGUGCGAGAAAGAGUUCAUAAUCUCCUUGAACAAACCCGUACCGGAUUCAGAGACGUUGGCGAGGGGAUCAAGAAGGUUCAGAACUGGGAAGACGUCAAUCCCUCACAAAAAUGGACACAGCAGAAAUUGUCAACAGAGUUCAAGGCCACCUUGGAGGAAUUCCAGACCAUCCAGCGACGGGCCUUGGAGAAGCAACGCGCUUCUGCAGUCGCGGCACGCACCGCUGUGGAGGAGGCCGGGCAUUCGACAGAGGAUGACGCUCAGCAGCAGCAGCAGCAGCAGCUCCUCGAAGUAGAACAGCCACGCCUAGCGAAUCAAGACGAAGUUGAUUUCCAGGAAGCUCUAAUCAUCGAGCGUGAAGCGGAGAUCCGCAACAUUGAACAAAGUGUUGGUGAAUUGAACGAGCUGUUCCGGGAUGUCGCCCACAUCGUUCAUGAGCAGGGAGAGCAACUAGACACUAUUAGCGGGAACGUCGAGAACGUUCAUGCUAACACUCAAGGCGCGAAUGUUGAGCUUCGCAGUGCUAGCCGGUACCAGAAGAACGCUCGGACUAAGGCUUGCUGUUUACUCAUAAUCCUUGCCGUCAUUUUGGCUAUUAUUAUCCUUGCGGCUGUUCUUGGAUAG